AUGGGAGUGACAGUACAAAAUGUAACAGGAAGCACGGCUCUAGUGAUCUGGCCCAAAAUGGCGAGUUGUGUUGACAGCUUUUACAGCAUCAUGUAUAAUCCAAACUGGGACAAAAUGCUAUCAGGGUAUACCAGAAAAUAUUUUCAGAAAGAGGAGAGAGUGCCAGCUAGUCGUUCUUCAUUUGUCAUUGAGAAUCUGAUUCCAUUAACAACUUACAUUCUGUGUGUAACGUGCCAAUCGGCAAACCCAUCCAGUGACCAGUGCAGAAUUUUUAACACCCCUGAACAAGACCCAGCGUCCAUAAGCAACAAAAAGAAAGACCUGGCAGUGGGUAUUUGGCUAACCAGCACGGUUUUACUUCUCAUCAUUGUUGGUAUCUUUGUCUAUGGCUGCUUGCAUAUAUGGUGGCGCAAGAAAAGAGAGGGUUCAGAGGGGCAAAGCAUUACACCAGAUGAUAAGGAAGAGGCGUGGACAAAACAUGAAGCAUGCAGUUCGGAAGUGUUCAACAAGCAGCCCCAAACGGCUCAAGAAGUUGAGAUCAGAAGCACAGAGGGUGCCCAGUUGGCUACCAUUAUUGCGAAUCCUUUAACAUCUAAGAGGCCCAUCAUGCUGAGUUCCAAAAGCCAGGAUUUUGUGCCAAUGUCUAUAUGUCAGUCUGCCAUAAGUUAG